AUGGAAGUCAUGCACGCAGAGGGCGGAGCUCCACCUCCCCCUGUUCCUGUGGGACUUGAGAACUUGUUGGCCAAUCAUGCAGCUGCUCUCCAACAAAUAGCUUCCAACCCGGAGCAGUUCCUGGUGGGUCUACAGGGGGUACCAGAUGAAGAGACCAUGAUGAACCUGGCCAUUGCUCUCAGUCUUCAGGAGGAGGCCGGAGGGAGUCCAGAGGCAAACCAGGCUCUGCAGGCUGCUCUGCAAGGUCUUGCAAUCCCGGUAGCUGCUCUCGAGGCGGGGCUGGGGAGGGGAGGGGGGCCGGGGGCCGGGGGGCAGGGCGGGAGAGAGAGAAGAGGAGGAGGAGGGUGGGAGGAGGAGGACGAACAAGACAGAGCUGUCUCUCAAGGUGAAGAGGAAGACGAGAGGGGCGGCGACGAGGAAGAGGGAGAGGGAGGAGGGGGAGAGGGGGAGGAAGGAUUUGGGGAGAUGCCCCAGGUGGUUUCGUUUGACGUACAGGGAGUGUCCUCUCACCGCCGAGAGGGAGAGGAGGAGGGGGACGGAGAUGGAAGAUCUCGCUCCAACAGUGAAGGGUCGUCUCUAUAUGAAAAUGUGAUGAGGGAAGCCACGGCAACGCCGUCCGAGGUUCGCGCUCCGUCUCCACGUGCCGUUCAGAGGAUGGCCUGCAAAGACCCCCGCAGUGCUGCCAUGGCAACAGGCUCCACCUCCACGGCGUCCAGAGAGCCGAGCUCGGAGACGGAAAUGGUCAACUACAGCAGUGGAGUUGAGGAUGACCCUGGUAUGGAUGAUCUCAGUGGUGUUGAUGAGAGUGACCGUACGCUGACAGAGACACUGAGCCAGAUGGAGUCCCCCUCCGGUGCGGCGGUGAGGGGGGAGGAGGUGGAGGGGGGAGGAGGGGAAGAACCAACUGACUCCCCCGCCAGACUGGCCGAACUGAGGAAGAAGGUACUGACGUGCAUGUUGGAGCAGCUGUACCUGGUGGAGGUGGCCGGAGGCAUGCGCUCUAUCUGCUUCAUGAAGUUGAUUCUGUUCAUUGCCGAGAACCUGGAGUGUAACAAAGAAGACUGCGAGUCUCUCGUCCACAUGCUCAAGACUUUCCUUAAACAACUCAUGCUCAGCAGAGAGGAUGUCAGUGAAAUGGUGGAGAGAACCCCUCAGAACGAAGUUCUCUUGCUGUAUCUGAGGUUCUUUAACAUUCUCAUGUCCCGCAAGAAGAUCAAACACGAAGAGGGCAAGCCAUCCUAUGCCUCCAAGAUGCUGUGGUUUGCGACAGCGAGGACCCUACUAACCGACCCUCACCUGCUGCCGUUCUGUCGGAGGUGUCUCAUUGUUGUCAUGGACAAGAAGCAGUGUCUUGAAGUGAGCGAGGAGCCGACACCGCUCGUCGGGGCGGUCCUCCAUCCUAAGUUUAACCCUCCUCUCACUGACCUCAGCCCCUUCUUCCAGAGACACUACGUGAAGGGAACCACGGAUAUCUUCAUUGCCUAUGGCCGCCUCCUCUCUGAGAUCACCCUCGUCCUUCCCAAUCAGCUGAGGAAGAUGAGUGAAGUUACAAAACACCUCCAGACCCCGGACCUAGGAACCAGGUGGAUUGACACUCUCUGUGACCUGCUGUUACUGUUGUGCGGCUCGAAAGAUAGCUACCGUCUCACCAGAGAUGUCCAUGCCCUCCACAGCUUCAUGAGAAACAUCAGGGAGAUAUGUCACUCUCGAGGGUUCAAUCCCGACAGAAAUCUCACUGGAAUCCCACUCAACCUCUCCUACAAGUCAACCCUCUCUCUGAUUGAGCAUCUGAAAGCAUGUGACGAGGUUGCCUGUACACGAACCUCAAACUGGCAGACUUUCUGCUUGGAGGACAAGACCACCCUUCCCUUCCUCUUUCAAACCCUCUUCCUUCUCGACGAGGGUAAGUCCCUGUCUCCACAGGACCAGACUAGAGUGGUGGAGCUUCUGUGGAGGAUGUGGGGAGACAUGCCCACCUACGGUUUGAAGGCCUCGCAGUUUGUCGACCUCCUCGGCUACUGUACCAUCAGCACACCUCACAUCAUGGAGAAAGAGACUCUGUGCCAGUCGUAUGUAGAGAGAGCCAUAGCUCUGCUCAGGACCCAGAACAAGAUGGUCGCCUCCCACCCAAACUCGCACAUCUACUCACAGCUCCUCUCCGUCGUCGACUUUGACGGCUACUACCUGGAGAACAAGCCGUGUCUGGUGUGCAACGACCCGGAGGUGCCCUACAGCCUCAUGAAACUCUAUCAGAUGAAGGCCGAGGUCCGCUACAGUCCCUCUAUGAUCCUCUGCAAACUCACCGGCUCCUUCACUCUAUCACAGGUGACACUGACGAUAUCGGACAUAAAGAGGUCUAAGAUGGUGAAGACUGUGAACGUCUACUACAGCAAUAGGACCAUGCAGAACAUCAUCGAACUCAAGAACAAGCGGAGUCUGUGGCUAAAGGCCCGGAGCCAGACACUCCUGCCCGGUCAGAAUGAAGUCAAGAUUGAUUUCCCUCUGCCCAUCAUUGCCUGCAAUAUCGUCAUUGAGUUUGCCGAGUUCUACGAGAACAUUCAGGGAGGGUCAGAGGUCUUGCAGUGUCCACGAUGCCAGGCUGCGGUGUCAGCCCAUCCUGGAGUCUGCUCUACUUGUGGGGAGAACGUAUACCAGUGCCACAAGUGCAGGGCCAUCAACUAUGAUGAGAAGGACCCCUUCCUCUGCAACUCGUGUGGCUUCAGCAAGUACGCCAAGUUUGAGCUGGUGGUUGAGGCCAGGACGUGUUCAGCAGUCGACCCCAUUGAAAACGAAGAAGAUCGCCAAAAAACCACGGCCCACAUCAGCCAGUUGCUGGAGCAGGCCGACAGGAUGUACAAGAUGUUGGUGACACGUCGCAACGAGCUGGACAGUCUUCUCACCUCCCUCGCCAGUGGCAUGCACAUUUCCACCCCCGUAAGAACUUACUCCACCCCUAGCUUGUCAUCACCAUCAUCCUCGGAGACCAGUGGUGUCCACAGGGGAAUACAACAGGUGGCCCAGCGCUACUGCGUGGAGUGCAAGUCGACGUACCUCGACCUGAGCAAGGUGGUCCAGGGGGUCCUCGCCUCCAGGAAGGAGCUCGUUAAGUACGACCAGAAGAAGGCGGAGCUGGGGGCGGUGCCUUCGGAGCCGUCCACUCCGGCUGUACUCUCAACUCCGCUUGGAUCUGAUGAGCUCCCUCCAUUCCCCGGAGCUCAUAUCCAUCAGAGCCACUGUUUUGGAUGCUCCUCGGCCGCCACCGAACAUUGCAUCACACUUCUCAAGGCCUUCGCCCACCGCCUGCAGACCCGACGACAGCUGGUGGCUCGAAACGUCAUCCGAGAACUGGUGGACUUUAACCUCCGCAACGGAGGCCCACAGAUGCAGCAGAAGAUCCGCGAACUCUUGUGCAUUGUCACGCGAGACGACGCUGCCGCUACCGCAGAGCUGAACAAAUACGUGUUUGAUCGAGUGUUGCAGCACAUGACCCAGAAUCGCACCACCCCCACCUUGGUAAGGACCUGCACACGGCACAGUGCAACCUUUAGACUUAUGUCUCAUGAUGUAGUUUCAAUGUAUGGGUGCGAUGGGUCCAUGUAUCAUGUAAUGACAAAUGUUUUUUUAUUUUAUGCAACCUUGUUCCAUGGGCCCAUUCACAGCUGUGUGUUGCGUUUUCUACAGGCGUCUAUGGUGAGACCAGAGAUUCUGUUGCUGACGACGUCACUCCGUAUGGAAGACAGCUGCUGGGAGCAGAGACUCAAAACAGUGGUCAGACUAUUCCGGAGGUCUCAGAACCACCCCAGUCCAGCAGUCACUGCAGCAGUCACUAUGCCUUGUCUCAAGAUAAUCCAGAGCCUCAUUGACCCCAAGGAGCCCACCACCACCAAGAACAAGGGGAAGACGGUGGCAGAGAUCAGCAGUGUGGGGAGAGGUGGCGACAGACUGAGAGUGAAGGCUGGGGAGUGGUUGGGAGGGAAAUCCACCUUCGAGACUUGGAGGGAAAAGGCCCAACAGAAAGAUGUGUCAGCGAUGGAGGCUGCAGAGCUACACAGACACAGGCUGGCUGAGAAAUACGCCACCAUCUGGAGGAGCAAAACCCAGAGAGCGCCCAAGGUCCCCUCCACACUGAAGCAGGUGUCGUGGCUUCGCUCCAUGCUGUUCAACAGCUCGUCUCAGUCUGCCCGUCAAGCGACGGCCAACAUCCUGUCGAGCCUGGCCUGCGGAGAGACGAGACAGCGGCAGGUCCUGGACCUCCUCUGCUCCUUCCUGGACGAGGUGACGGAGGCCGGGGAGCACGCCCAGGAGUUCCUGGAACUACUGAGGAAACUGACUGACUGCGGGGAGAGCAGCAGCAAGUGGAAGGCCUACCUGGCCAUGAGGGGAGUCCUGCCAAAGAUCGGGACACUCAUUGGGAAGGAGAUAGCUCACCUGCUGGAGCUGGAAGAGACCAGUCUCAGCUCCGACCUCUCCCAGGGCUACGCUCUCAAGAUGCUCACCUCUCUACUGCAGUCAUUUCUGAGCGUUGGGAGGAUCAAGCAACACUUCAAAGGUAGACUGGUUGGAAUGGUCCUGGACGGAUACCUCUCUCUACGCAGGCUCGUGAUUCAGAGGACCAAACGCGUGGACGAGACCCAGGAGCUUCUCCUGUCGAUGCUGGAGGACCUGACGUCGGGAGGGGAGGAGGAGAGGGAGGCCUUCAUGGCUCUCUGCGUCCAUUCUCUCAACAAACUCAAGAAGAACGACCUCGUCACUCCUGUCUUCAUCUUCGAGAGACUCUGCAACAUCAUCCGCCCCGAGGUGAAGGACGUCCAAGAAUUCUAUCUGUCACUGGAGAAGGAUCCUCAGCAGGAGGAGUUCCUGCAGGGCCGCAUGCAGGGGAACCCCUACCCUUCCUCCACCGCCGGCCUCGGUCCUCUCAUGAGAGACGUCAAGAACAAGAUCUGUACUGAUUGUGAGCUGGUGGCUCUGCUGGAGGAUGACACGGGGAUGGAGCUGCUGGUGUGCAACAAGAUUGUCUCCCUGGACCUCCCUGUCAAAGAUGUCUUCAAGAAGAUAUGGUGUGCCCAUUCCAAUCAUGGGGACUGUAUGAGAGUAGUGUACAGGAUGAGGGGUCUCCUGGGUGACGCCACGGAGGACAUGGUCGAGAAACUGGACGACGGUAAAGACAAGAACGUUGACGAGGAGCAGGAGUUCAAGAUGGCCGCCGUACUCAGCCGCUGCGAGGGGUUGGACGCCGUCAUGUGGCGACUUGGAUGUGUCCGCGACUUCAUCCAGGGUCACCAGCUGAUAUCGGCCGCUCUGAAACUCCUCGACUGCUGCAUCAAACUAGAGGUGAACCGUCAGUAUCUGCUCCAGCCACAUCUCAAUACUGUCAACACUCUUCUGGCUGUGUUCAACCUGGCUGUGGACUAUGAAGACCAACACAACACCAAACUGGGAGCCGACGUCUGUGAACACGUGCUGGAGGUGACGGAGAAGAUCCUGCAGGAGGCCAGCAGCAACCGCCCGGUCCUCACACGAUCUCUCAGCCAGCCCCACAUCUCGGCCAAGUUUGUCCAGUCAAACCCGUCUGUCCGGGACAGGCUCCUCCAGAUUAUCCCGUUCCUCACGUUUGGCGACGUGGACAACAUGAACACUCUCCUGGACUACUUCUCUCCCCAUCUCGACUUCGACCAGUUUGAUGCUCAGGUUUCUCCUGAGACUAGGACCUACUUUGACUGUUUCUGUGUCGUCACCAACGGAAUAGGAAGUGACCCGAGUGGUAACAAGCUGAAGGAGCUGAUCAUGGAGAAAGGCAUCACCAGCUCAAUCGUCAACUACCUCCAGACAAAGUACGUCGGUGGAUUCCCCGGAGUGGCAGCACUGUCUCAGUCUCCCCUCCGUCUCCUACGUCCUCCGGAUGCUGGCCGGCCUCUGCAAGCAGCACGCAGAGACCCAGGUGGCGGCCAUAUCGGCCGUGGAGAAGGUCCACCUCUUGGAGCAAGUCUCGACGAGAAACACCUGGGAACACUGGCAGAGAAUGUUCUAGAAACUAUGAUGGAGAAUGCAGAAUGCCAGAGAGAGAUCAAGGCGGUUCGUAAGGCCACUCGAGAGGAGAAGAAACGCAAGGCCAUGGCUCUGAGGAAGAAGGAGCUCGGGGCACUUGGCAUGCAAUUGAAUGAGAAGGGACAGGUGGUGGCUAUAUCCCAGCUGCUGAAUGAGCUCGGGUCACUGGAGGAGGAGACUGGCCUCAAAUGCUGCAUCUGUCUCGAGGGCUACCGCAGCCACCCACAGAAGGUGUUGGGAGUGUACACAUUCUCAAAGAAGGUGACUCUGGAUGAGUUUGAGAGCAAGCCACGGAAGACUAUGGGCAUCUGUACCGUGUCCCACUUCAACGUUGUCCAUUACGACUGCCACUCUUCUGCCGUGAAGCUGGCUAGAGGUAGAGAUGAAUGGGAGAGUGCCAUGCUCCAAAACGCCAACACGCGGUGCAAUGGACUCAUGCCUAUCUGGGGACCCAACAUUACUGACUCCUCUUUCGCUAGUAGCCUGGCAAGGCACACUAGUUACCUCCAAGAGUCGACGAGCAUCUUCGACCCGUCGUUCCUCAUCCUGGCCCACGACAUCCGCCUCCUCCUCCUCCGGUUCGCCUACGAGAAGUCGUUCAGUGCAGAGAGCGGUGGGGGAGGUCCUCAAAGCAACCUGCACCUAGUCCCCUACCUCAUGCACAUUGCCAUCUACGUCCUCAACACGACUCGGGCGUUUCAGAAAGAAGAGAAUAGUCUGGCCACCUUCCUAUCAGCUCCUCUGGAUAAGUGGGUGGCCUCCUCCUAUGAGUUGGAUGGGCCGCUGUAUGCGGUGGUGGUGUCUCUUUUCAUUCAAACCCUGGCUCAGUGGAAAGAGCAUCGACUGGCCUUCCUGAGAAGGCUCCUGAUACUGGCACACACACGGAAAUCCAGUUCCUCUCUCGUCAAGACGUUUUCAAACUCUGAACCGGUGGAAUAUGCUGUUUACAAACCAGUGGUGGUGCUCUUUGGACUAGUAGAUGGAUUGCAUCACAUGCUGAAGGCAAAGGUGACUGUGGAGGGAUCAGAUUUGCCACAUGCCGUACUGGACUACAUCAGAAACAAUGACGUUGCCAUCCUCGAAGGCUGUGACAAGAUGCUGUCAAAGUACCAGGAAGAGUUACUAACUGCAGAGUCUUUUGAAGAAGUGUGUGACGUGUUGGGUCUUCUGGGGGAAAUAGACCAACCAUCUGCCUUCCUGACUGAACUACUGGCAUCGGUGUCCCAGAAGUGACACAUUUUAACUCUGUAAACUGUAUGAUAGUUGGUAGGGUGUGUGUAUCAGUAGUUUAGAAAUCAUAAAUGAUGAGAUUAUAACUAUAGCUACCAUAGCUUGCAGCACGUGGAGUACUGUCUGUCUGUCUGUUACUCUACAUCUCACCUCUCGAAUGUCU